GCUAGCUAGCUAGCUAACUAGGCCAGCAAGCCCGGCGCGGCGCGGGCCGUAUUGGCACACACUGUACCGGUACACUCCAGUCAGCGACACGACCGAACUGCUAAAAUUCUGAAGUAUCAUCUAAAAAUCUAUCUAAAAUGGCUGUUCCGAUCUUGAAAGGGCUUUGCAAGAUAGCAAUAGGAGGAGGAGCACUUUACGUAUCAGUUGAGCAAGGGAUCUGGGGAUCUUCAUUUGAUGGUUCAAAAACAAUGAACAAGCUAACAGGCACCCUACAGAGACAGGAUGAAUAUCUCAGACAGAUACCAUCAACUGAGCAAUUAGCAAGUAAUACAAGGCAAAGCUGGAAUUCAGGUGUGAAGUGGACAUUUUCAUCGUUAGCAAGAGGACCAGAGAAAGUUAAAGAGUUAGGCAGUCAAGCAGCAGAUUACGUCAGUGGAUCUAUGGCAAAAUGAAAACUGAAUGAAAUACAAGAACUAUAUAUACAUGUUUUAGUAUUUUAAUACUUUACAGACACUGUCUUCAUAAUUGCUUGAUCUGAAACACUAUUGUGUCUGGGUAGCUUUGCUGUCAUUGAGCAGGUUUUGUUACACAUUUAUUGCAUAAAUGAAGGACAUGUUGCCAGUGAACCAUUGUUAAAGCAACAUUGUUUGCAUGAUUGCAUCCCUCUACCUUUUCUUUGCAAUUGAAAAAUAUAUAAGUAUUUUUUGUGUUUUAUUUCUUGUAUGUCAUAUUAUAUGUAAUAGAAAUAUAGACGAUAUAAGACAAGAAUUGAAUAACCAUCGUUUUCCAUCAUUGUAUUGUCUUAGUUGCAAGAAAUCUUGUGAAAUAAUACGUCUAAAGCUAUUUAUCUAAUUACCAGCACCCUUUUUGACCUAUGUCAUGAGAUAUGUUUGGGCAGGUUAAAUGAUACUAUCCAGAAAUUAUUAUUAUAACUGUGAAAGACUAUUAUCAAUAAACCAUGUUUAUAGUAUGGUUUCAUAUCUCUUUCACUGACGCUGCAUUUUACCAUUAACAGGAUUAUUUUAUUAAACAUCCCUAUUUUAUAAUUAUAUUCUUAUAUGGUUACUCAUAACUUUUGAAGACCUAUUAAUCAGUAAUCAUAAAAACAGCUAUUUUCUACCCUUGUGGACAUCAAAUCAUAUACAUGUUAAAUGGAACACAAUCUACCAUUAACUUUUUCAAUUGUCCAUUUACACAAGGGAUAAAGUGGGUUCUGUUGUACACUAUAUGUGAAAAAUGAAAUGUGCACAAUACAUCUAGAUGUACUCCACAAUAUCCCAAUACUAUUUGACUUGAUGAAGGAGAGUUGAACGGCUGAUGCAGAACCAUAUUUGAUAUGUUAUGACAAUGAACAUAAAUUGUAUCAAUGUUGUCUUUGUGUAUCAUGCCCACUCCAUGAAGUGCCAAUAAAGGGGCCCUCCACUCCAGCCUUUGCUACAGGUGAUUGCAUUGCUCUAAGCAUUUACAGGAUUCCUUGCUACUACACCUGGGUUGAGAGUGGUAGAUGUAGAGCAAUGCUUCGCAGAAGCCCAUUCAUGAUUUAUGUGUUACAGGGACUUGAGCCCAUGAGCUUAGUGAUUCAAAUCAAGUCAAACCACUGAACUGUCGAACUGCGACACCUUAUGGGCGUAAUUGAAGUUACAUAGUGUGAAUAUCUACUGUAAUUCAACUAGAUUGUCAUGAAAUAAAAUAUAUAAAUCUGAUAUUAAG